AUGGAAAACAGUACCGAGGUGACUGAGUUCAUUCUUGUGGGGCUAACAGAUGACCCGAAACUGCAGAUCCCACUCUUCACAAUCUUCUCUCUCCUCUACCUCAUCACUCUGCUUGGGAACCUGGGGAUGAUCAACCUGAUCCUGUUGGACGCUCGUCUCCACACACUGUACUUUUUCCUCAGUAACCUCUCCCUGGUGGACUUUGGUUAUUCCUCAGCUGUCACUCCCAAAGUGAUGGCAGGAUUCCUCACAGGAGAAAAAAUAAUCAACUACAAUGCUUGUGUCACCCAGUUCUUUUUCUUUGCAGCUUUCAUCACUGUAGAAAAUUUUCUCUUGGCCUCCAUGGCCUAUGACCGCUACGCAGCAGUGUGCAAACCCCUGCAUUACACCACCACCAUGACGACAGGUGUGUGUGCACGCCUGGUCAUAGGCUCCUACAUCUGUGGUUUCCUGAAUGCCUCCAUCCACACUGGGGACAUGUUCAGGCUCUCCUUCUGUAAGUCCAAUGUGAUUGAUCAUUUUUUCUGCGAUGCUCCUCCUCUCUUGGCUCUCUCAUGUUCAGACAACUACAUCACUGAGAUGGUUAUUUUUUUGGUGGUUGGUUUCAAUAUCCUCUUUUCUGUCAUAAUCAUCUUGUUCUCCUACCUAUUUAUAUUUAUCACCAUCCUGAGAAUGCACUCAUCUGAGGGCCGCCAAAAGGCCUUUUCCACCUGUGCUUCCCAUCUCACUGCAGUCUCCAUCUUUUAUGGGACAGGCAUCUUCAUGUAUUUACAGCCCAGCUCCAGUCAUUCCAUGGACACAGAUAAAAUUGCAUCUGUGUUCUAUACCAUGGUCAUCCCCAUGCUGAACCCUCUGGUCUACAGCCUGAGGAACAAAGAGGUCAAGAGUGCUUUUAAAAAGGCUGUAGGAAAGGGAAAGUCCUCUAUAGGAUUCACAGUUUAA